CAAGCAGAAGACAUUUAGGCGUUACAAUGCGAACUUUUGAAACAAAAAAUCAUGUCACAAAGCCCUCAAACUGUUGAUCAGGCAAUUUCAGUAAAGACGGAUUAUGAGGACAACCAACAGGAACACAUCCCGAGCAAUUUCGAAAUUUUUCGACGCAUAAACGCUCUCCUGGACAACUCUUUGGAAGCAAACAACGUGAGCUGUUCCCAGUCUCAAUCACAGCAACAGCAGCAGCAGACUCAACAGCAGCAGCAGCAACAGCAGCAACAGCAGCAGCAGCAACAUUUACAGCAAGUUCAGCAACAGCAGCUAUUGAAACAGCAGCAGCAACAGGCUCAGCAGCAGCAAAUUCAGCAGCAACUUCUGCAGCAGCAGCAGCAAAAGCAGCAGUUACAACAGCAACAGCAGCAAGAGCAGUUACAGCAGCAACAGCUGCAGCUGCAGCAACAGUUACAGCAACAGUUGCAGCAUAUUCAGAAAGAACCCAGCAGCCACACCUACACGCCUGGUCCAUCCCCGGAACUUCAGUCCGUGCUCAACUACGCCAAUGUGCCGCUGUCCAAGUCUGCCGCCUUCAACUGCAACAACAGCAGCAGCUACAGCGUGGGUCCGACCCCGGUGCAGUCUCCGGUCACCCCGAGCCCGGCUGCGAGUGCUGUGACAGUUAACAGCCCAAGCUAUGGAAAUUUUCAGUUGUUCGGUGAGAAUGCUUUCGACAGUACGACUCCGUUUCAGAGUGACGGGACCAGCCAGAGCCACAGUCGAAGUUUGGCCAACGACAGUGACCCAAUGGUUGUGAUGAGCCCAGGGCGAGAUAGUAUUAUUCCUCUCUCUCCCACCGAGAAGAUCCUGUAUCAGAAUUUCUUGCUGUCGAAGCAGGCGCAAGGAGAGAACACAGCACUGCCCCCGAGCCCUCCCCACGAAAUAAUGCCCUUGUCGCCCCUUGAAAAGAAGCUGUACUCGAACCUGCUCUCCAAGCACACUCAGGGCAUGCGCGCUAUCAACUCGACCAGCCCGCUGCAGACGCCACUCACGCCACCGAGAUCCCCUCAGGAAGUGCUGUACGCCUCUAUGCCAGCUGCUCAAGUGGGCGAGAGCUCUUCUGUCAUUGAUAUGAUGAGUCGAAUGGACUUGAGUGGUCGUAACCAGCAGGCGGACUACUCUGGUACCCUGGCUUUCCUCGACGCUCACAAUGUGCUCCGCAGAAGAACCCCUAGUUCCUCGCGUUCUCGGUCUGUGAUGGAGCGCUCUGCCCCUUCCUCGUAUUUUGCAAACCUUGACCCUUACGCCAUCGACAGGGCAGCUCGUUUGCACAGAAACGCCGCAGCUGUAAGCGAGGCCAGUUGUACUUGGAGUGGUCACCUGCCCCCCAGAAACCACAAGAACCCGGUCUACUCGCCCAAGGUCUUUCUGGGAGGCGUGCCCUGGGAUAUAACUGAAUCUGGUUUGCAGGCGGCAUUCAGCAAGUACGGACAUCUCAAGAUUGAAUGGCCAGGAAAAGAUGGCUACGUACACCUCCUGUUUGACGUGGAGAAGUCUGUGCGCUCUUUGCUGCAGGCUUGCACCCACGACUUCAGCAAUGGGGAUUAUUUCUACAAAAUUUCUUCCAGGAGGAUGCGUUCUAAAGAGGUGCAGGUCAUCCCGUGGGUGUUGGCGGACAGUAACCAUGUGUUCCAGCCCUCGCAGCGUCUGGAGUCGAACAAGACAGUGUUUGUCGGGGCCCUGCACGGGAUGAUCACGGCCGAGGCUCUGGGCCGAAUCAUGAGCGACCUGUUUGGGAACGUCGUCUACGCAGGCAUCGACACGGAUAAACACAAGUACCCCAUUGGCUCUGGCCGUGUUACAUUCAGCAGUCGCAAAAGCUACAUGAAAGCCGUGCAAGCUGCAUUUGUGGAAAUCAAGACGCCCAAGUUUACAAAAAAGCUGCAAGUGGACCCAUAUCUCGGCGAUGCCAUCUGCAGCUUGUGUAACUCGCACCAGGGCAACUAUUUCUGCCGGGACCUGCUCUGUUUCAAGUACCUUUGUCGCUCCUGCUGGUACUGGCAGCACGCCCCGGACUCGAUGAGACAGCACCGGCCACUCACACGCAACACCAAGUCAUCUCUGUCUCUCUAGGCUGCUCACACGUAAUAUAAAGUCCUCUGUCUCUCUAGGCAGCUCACAUGUGACUCAAAGUCCUCUAGGCCGCUCACACGCAACACUAAGUCCUCUGUCUCUCUAGGCCGCUCACACGUAACACAAAGUCCUCGCUGUCUCUCAAACCACUCACUCACAAUACAAAGUCUUAUCUGUCUCUCUAACCGGUCCCACAUAACACAAAGUCCUCGCUGUCUCUGUAAUUGCUCACACAAAACGCAGUCUUCUAGGUGGCUCACACACUCCACCAAUUCCUGUCUCUUAGUGCUCACAAACUCACAGGUCUUCCCUGUCUCUGUUGGAAGUGAUGGGAAAACGCAGGGUUUUGCAUCUUCCUUCCUAUAAAGCAUCUAGUGUCCCCACCAUCUCUCCUUCUUUUUUGUUUGUUACUCUCUUGAAACACCUCAUCUUUGGCACUUAUAUGACCUUAUUGUGUUGCAAGUGCCUGAAAAAUCUUACUAAAACAGUGGCCUUUGAUGAAAUGAUGUGAAAAUGAGUGACUUGUAAUGAAGAAAGUGCGAUGUGUGUGUGUGUGACAAAUGUUGUGUGGAAAUCAAACUGCCUUGAGUUUUCCUACCCGUGGCUACUGAAAUUGUUGUAAUGAAAUCGCUUUAUACUUUGUGGCGACGCAAUUAUUUUGACCCAUUGUUGUUAAUGAGCAUCUAUACAAUUGACACGGCGAUGCCUUCUUUUGUUGCUAUUAUUUCGACUACUCGGGGCCUUACACAAAACAAAAAGUUUGGCUGGCCUUGAUAUAGGGUUAAUUCGGCAGAUUUGAUUUCACCGAUGUUAGUCCGUUUCUGCAUUAUUCUUCAAAAUGAAUCGAAUUUUUCAUGUUUUAUCACUCAGACAUGCAGUGGUGUGAAACGGUAACGGGGUCAGGAGUUCACAUUUUUCUUUGCGGUCCUUUUUUUUCCACCUUUGUUUUGUGAGUGCCUUGACUUUGGAAUUGGAUGGACCAAAUUUUUUUUUUUUCAGUUCUUGUCUAAAGUGAAGGCAUGGUACCGUGUGAGAAUCAAUUAAUUUUGUUGAGAAGUUUUUAUAGAUUUUCAGUAUCAACAAAACUCUUUGGAACAUCUUAGCUUGUGGAUAAUUAUAAUUUUUUUUUUAAUUUGUGCUGCAUGACAAUCUUUUACAUACACUUUAUCUAGAAACUUUUCUAUCUCUAAGGGUUUCAGUGCGGAUGCGAAUGUACUAUUGUUUUCAGCUUAUCAAACUGAAAAUUUUUUAUUUCCAUUUUUCGUUUAAGGAACAAAUAUUUCCUAUAUAUAGUUCUUGGAAGAAUUGAUGUAAAUGCCUGUAUGUGUGAAGUCCUUUUCAUGAC